AUGGCACAGAAUUACUCGGAUUCUGGACUCGAUGUUUGUCUGAAGGUGGCAAUUCUCAGUCACAGGGUGAGACAUACGAAAAUAUCAACAGCUCAGGCCAAAUCACAGCUAGCUCACACCAAAGAGCCGACAAUAAAACGAGGUAUCAAGCUUACAUUACAUCGAUCAAAGGCUAAGUCGUAUUCCGAGCUUCACAAGAGACUCUUCGAGGCAUUUCGGAAGGGUCUGGAACCGGAUAAUGAUUUGAAGACACAUAUUGGUCAGCUGUCAGUGUUAGAGAACAAGUCUGUUUCGCCUAACACCACUGCAUUGGUGAGCCGACUUGCUGAGAUUGCCUCUCUGGACGUAAGCAAGAAGACCAUAUCUUUGGAAUCCGAGAAGAUUUCAGUUCUGACCGAGAAAUGCAGCUUCAUUGACUUGCUGCUCGAGCUGACAUCAUCGGGUAGUCUUGUUUAUAACGAGCUUGUUCAGCUGAGGAAGUCCACAGUCACAACACUGGAGCAGCCAAGAAUUGUGGAACCCGAGAUUUCGUAUGAAUCGUUACAAUUUUCAGAAUUGGUAUCUGAACUGUAUGAUAUCAGCAAAGACGAUAUCGUCUUCGAGAUGCGUCGACUAGCGAAGACGACCACAUUGAGUGCGUACUUCACAGACUUGAAACAAAAGCUGCAGAUACUCCACUAUCGGGCUAUGGAUUUUGACAGUAAGGAUAAUUUCGACAAAUGGGCCAAGGAAGAGACGUUCCAGGUGAAGCAGCUUCUGGAUAUGAUAUUUCCUAUGGUAACAUCUUCGGAACCCGGGGAUCUCAUACCAGCUAGUUCAGAUGCAUUAUUUGAAAGAAUUCUCGAAAGAUGUCUGUUAGCACAAAAUAAGGUUGGUCCGGCCUCAGAUUUUUAUCUUGAUGGCGGAAAACUAGCGUUUUUAGACGAAUGCUGUACUCUCUGGCGGGUUGAUGGGUUUAGCAUUGCGACUUCUACACUGAAGAUUUUCUUGCAAGUGGUUUGCAGAAACGGCGAUAACAUCGACUUGCGGAAUCUUCCAAAGGGAUUUGAGCUGUCCCGCCAUUUCGUGACGGUGAGUGGAGUUUCCCCAAACGUUAGCAGAUGGCCUAUCUCAGUUCAGGAUAAUAGACGACUGAUUUUGAAAGACAUAUUUAUCACCACUUUAAAGGCGGUGGCUGGCUUAGCGAAUACUCUUCCUAAUAGUUCCGCUGGGCUGAAAAGGUUGCUACUGUUACUAGAAGAGAAGAUAUUCCAGGAUUGGUCAUUCAAGAAGGAAUCGCCACGAGCAUUCUCUGAGUUGGAAACUGUCUUACGGGAAAGCGCAGAAUUAUGCCACAAUGGGCUCUUCCUCAAAUACUUGGCACCGCCAUCAAGCAGCUUGAAAGAACUUUACUCUUUUUUUGAAGAUAUCAACAUCAUUCUCCAGAAGUUCCCGAUGGUCUUUCUGGGGUCGCCUAUCACUGGAACAUUUGAGACCAGACUGGGACAGUUGGCAUUCUUGAGCUUGAAACAAAAGAUUCUCGACUUGAGGCUCAUCAAGUCUGGUAUCAGUUAUGGCGACGUAUAUGUAUUGUACUCCAAACAACUAUGUCCAUUGCGAGCUCGGUUGGCUUCUCGUUCCGCCAAGAAUGCUGAUUUAGAAGCUCUGGUUGGUUUUUCGUUGGAGACCUUCCUGUAUCCUGAGAUCAAAGAGUGGGCUAAGGAAGCUCAAGUCAAGCUUCUGCAGCAAACAGAUGAGAUCAUCAAUACGGAGCAGUUCACUCCUCAUGACGACGUGAAGCGAUCGAGUCAUGGAGUUGUUCUUCUGUUCGAGCAGUUCAAUGCUGUAUUCCAGCUUUUGCUUGAGCUGGAUUGGAGAGAUGACAAAACCAAAACUAAAUUGUACUGCACAGCGGUAUCGGGUGUUUGUUCUUGCAUAGAAAAGUAUAGUCACAAAAUGCUCCAGAAAAUAGAUCGAGAUGCUGGUUCCGGUAAAGUGAGCGCUGCAUCUUGCGUGGCAUUGAACAAUCUAAACGCCAUACUAGAAAAUAUGAACAUACUGGAGGAAAGAACUGAUUUUGAGUAUCUCUCGGAAAUAGGAUCUUCACAAGGAGAUAUCAAGUCUUCUUCGAGCUCAUUAUAUAUGAAGGUGGUGGGAGCCGAAAAUAUCAUAUCUGGUGGAAGAAGACCUCCUGAUCUCAGGGUACAUGUUGGUUCAUGGGGAAGUACACAUAUUGCGUACCAUGACACGGACCCGAGGUGGAACGAGGAAUUUCGCAUUAAGCUUGACCAGGGUGCUCCGUCCAUCAAAAUUGUUCUUGAAGAUUGCGCAAUAUCGAAGACUUUGAUGGAAAGUCAAUACAAACCUGACUUGACAAGUUUAUCCAGAGAUGGCAUUCCAAAAACAUUAAUUUUCCAUGUGGGUACCUCCGGAAGGUUACAGGUCAACGCAUUCUUUGAAAUUGAGAGAAACGAUCCAGUGUUCUACAUGGGAAGGACAAGAAGAGUGAUGUUAUCGGCAAAAGACCGGGCUCUCAAUAUCAUCAGCUCCAGAUUCAAUAUGCCUAUAAAGGAAGCUCUGUCCCAUGAAACACUUAAGAACACUUCAGAUGGUGCCAUCAAAAGAGAGGACGCCAUGUCACCUCUGUGCUCCUUUAUCAACAGCAACUUCUCGAUAUUGGUCCAAUACUUGAACCUCUCAACCAUGGAUGAAGUACGCAUGUAUGUCUGGAGUCUUGCAUUGAAGGAAGCCGAAAUUCUGGUCUUACCAUUACUCUCCUCUGUCCGCAAAGUUGCCUCUAAGGGUGCAAAAGCGGGUAUCUCUGAUCUCAUGAGGUCUGUUAAGAUAUCAGGCUUUUUGCGAACCAUGAGUCUGAACGAUGUCAGUAUAGUCAUUUUCUUCGUUGAUGACAUUAAGAACACUCUUUUCACCCGAGAUGAAAAACUAUACGAAGUUCCGAAAUAUAAACAGUUUUCAAAGAUAUACGAUCUGUACCAGGCGUCUGAACUCUCUUUGAAGGACAAAUUCGGAGGUUUAGUGAAAGAGUCGGUCCAAUUCUUGUCGGAAUUGGGAUCGGUCAGACAGCAAGAGGUGACAUCCUCUGACAUCACCAGCUCGACUGUGACACCAACAAUGGUGAUGGGAUCAAGAACUAGAAGACUCACCGUAUCUCGCAACACAGAACAGCUGAAGUCAUCAGGUUCUGCAAAUGCCUACUAUGAAAUGAACUUGGUUCUUCGUAUACUUCUCGCCAAGGGAAACCUGUCUUUCGUUAGACAGGCUGUAUCGAGAAUCGAUAGACUGAGUGCAACGAUAUCAACCGAAAACCAUUGGCUCAAGCUUAAAUAA